AUGGCCUCUACGGUCUUAAAAUGUUCUGCGUGUAACAUAGUAAUAAAUGAAGUGCUGGCUUUCAUGCACAACAAAAUGAACGUCAUGGAUGAAGAAGGGUUGGUGCAGAUCUGCCGAACGGCUUUCUCCACCGAUGAUAUUUUCGAAGCAAAAAAGUUGUUGUUUGACGCUGUUCCAAUAAGAAAAAUUAAGAAACGAAAGAAAGAAUCUAAAUCAACAAGGGACUUGGAGGAUGUCAUUGAACUCCUAAAGCAUAUAGAUGCAACUGAUCCAGAACGUCUCCCAAUCUUCGUGGCUAGAGACCUACAUAAGUUACCACCUGUGACUUUCGAUCACGUAGACGUAACCAGAUUACUGCGUGAUAUUAACUUACUGAAGGACGAAUUAAAAACAAUUAAAUCUACUUAUGUCACAAAAACACAAUUAAAGGAUACAAUUGAAUGUUCGCGAGAAAAGUCGUUGAACUACAUAAACACAAAGCGGGGCGCAUACGCAUUGAAUAGCUAUAGCUGUGAUAGCGGGCCGAUGGGUCUUCAACCGCUCUGUGAUGAGUCAACGGCCACUGUUGCUAAGUGUAGUGCGAGUGAAGAGUGCGCGUAUAUAUCAUCUCUCUCGCCCUCACGCUCAACGAUGGAACCGGCCUUUCAAGGACAUUCGCCGAGACAAAGAAAUGAGGCCACUGCGGUUUCGACACACGCAACUGUUGAUAAAUGUGUUGUCUCAUCUCUUCCCGAACCUGAGAAAGAGACCGCGAUAGGCUCGCGCGUGGAGGCCAACACCGCGGUUUCGUACAUUAUUAAACCGGUUGAAUGCAGCGCGCGCGCUUCUGUGGAACGUGCGAUGAAUUAUACUAAUAAUAACACAAAUGACUUUAAUACUACGGAGCGAACUAUGGCUGACAUUGUUCGUGAAAGUUUAUUGCAUGAACGAGUAAAUGAGGAUGAAAAAUGGCAAACGGUUCAACGAAAAAAGAAAGUAAUAUCUAAAAAUAGAUUUAUUAGUGAGACAGGGCGAGCGAAUUUUGACAAUAAAUUUAGGGCUGCGCCGAACAAAGUACCAUUGUAUAUAUCUAACGUGUGUAAAGAAACAAGUGAAAGUGACAUAGUGGAAUAUAUUAAAAACAAAACUAGUGAAUUAGUAACUUUAGAAAAAAUUCAAUGUAAAAAGGAGAAAAGCUAUAACUCAUUUAAAUUAUUUGUUGCUAGAAAUAAAUUACACAUAUUUUUGAAUACAGAAACAUGGCCCGAAGGUAUCUGUUUUAGGCGUUUUAUUACGCUUAAAAAAUCUACCAAAUCGGGAAAAUCACGUGAAGUUGUCACUGUAAAGUAG